AUGGAAAGAAGACAAGACUCUUGUUGGGCAGGACAGUGUUCUGAGUUGGAUCUAGAAAGCAGAUGUAACACAGUAACAUCUCUGACUUCUGUGCUGCAUGAUGACAAAGAAUUCUCCCAUCCAGAGAAGUUUGACCCUAGCCAUUUCCUGGAUGAGAGAAGCAACUUUAAGAAGAGUGACUACUUCAUGCCUUUUUCAGCAGGAAAACGGAUGUGUGCAGGAGAGGGCCUGGCCCGCAUUGAGCUGUUUUUAUUCCUGACCACCAUUUUACCAAAAUUUACCUUGAAAUCUGUGGUUGACCUAACGGACAUCAAUGUUACCCCAGUUUUCAAUGGGUUUUUUUCUGUGCCACCUCCUUACCAGCUCUGCUUUGUUCCUGUGUGAAGGAAGAGCAGAACUUCUGGCUUCUGCUGUGUUGUCAUCCACAACUUACAUACCUCUGGGUGCUUUGUUCACUUCCUUCCCACUUCACCCCCUUUGCAGGAAUGCCUUCUCUGACCUCCCAUCUCACACCCAACCUUCAUUAAAGAGAAUUUCCUGAUUUCACUGC